AGCUCAUCGCGUACGUCAGGAAGUGGAAACUUACGAUGUUUUGAAACCACAACAUACAUUUUGCCAUUAAUUCUUGCUGUAAGGUGUCAGGGUAGAUAUCCCCUCACAAGCAGAUAAACUUAGAUGGUUGUCUAGUUCGCCAGUGGUAAAUAACAGAGAAAAUGUCAAGUAAAGAGAAUAUGCCACCAGUCCAGGCAAGGAAAAGUAAGAUUCCUGUUCCACAUAUACAGCACAACAAGCCUGUCAGGAAAGGAAUCAAGCGGGCAGUUUCCCCAAAUGCAUGUAAGAGUGACCCUAAAAGGUCACCAAGUACGUCAAAGAAAUCAUCUGCAAAGGAUUAUGGGAGGUCAGAAACUAGGAAUGCUGGUAGUGUGCAGAGAAAAACACUGGGGGAGCUACCAUGUGAACAGCGGAAAAUAGUAAAAGUUCGCAGAAUGGGGAAUGAGAAUUCAUCAACUAAAUGUAAGGGUGUGAACAUACAACCAAAGAUCAAGAAAGGGAACAAGUGCACUACAAGCAGUGUUAGAGAUUUUCUUGGAGCAGAGUUUGGUGCUUUACCGGACCAGUCAGGUAUAGAGUUUGAGAAGGAUGAUUCUGCUCUACAGAGUAUUCUGGAUGAGACCGGGAUACAGUAUAAAGAGCCUCAACCUGGGAACCAGCAUGCAGCAUCCAAAUUUACAAGGCAUACUUUAGCAGCAGUACCAAAGCCUCAGAGACAGUCAGCAGCACCCUCUAGGGUUAAAGCGUGUGUAGAAGACUUCCGUAAAGUAUGUGAUGAUUUUAUAAAUCGUACAGCUAGUAAACAGCCAGACCCAAAACGUCAGUGCAGAGAAGCCGGUUUCAGGAAUGAAGAUAAUUUCAACAUGAAGCUGACUCCAUCAAAGACAGAUUUCUGCACAAAAUAUGGAGUAGAGAAGAGUGUUACGUUUCAAGGAGUCACACCUGGAUUGACAUCCCGUCAGAGUUUACCAGGCAGGACAAGGGUUCGACCCCCGGAUCCUUUUGUUGUUCCAGGCAGGUGUAGUAUGGCUGCACAGACUCCAAGAAGACUUGCUAAGGUUGGAGAGGAGGAAGAACCUGCAGGGACACUAGGUCGUACUAGUUUGGCACCACAAACACCACUCCGUAUCCUAAAGAAAGUGAAGAAUGUUGAUGAUGGCCUUCAGUCACAGAAGGAGACUGGUUCGGCUAAUAGAUGUAGUCUUCAGCACCAAACACCGGGUCGAGUCAGCCUUUUGGGCCAAACACCAGGUAGAAUCAGUCUGUCAGCUCAGACACCAGGCCGCAUGAGUCUUUCUGCUCAAACACCAGGUCGUGUAAGCCUGUAUGCACCGACUUCAGACAGAACCAGUCUUGCUCCACAAACUCCAGCCAGAGUCAGUUUGUGUGAUAAUAUUGGUAAUGUUCCGAGUGUCCAAAAUGCGAGACUGUUUAGUCUGACAGCUCAGCCCCCUGGUCGGGUCAGUCUUUCAGCACAAAAACCAACACAGCAAGCUCAGAACAACUUUGUCCUUUCUAACCAAGGAAGACUGAGUCUUGCUGCCCAAACACCAGGUCGGGUCAGUUUGUCUGCAGGACAAAACCCUGUCUCCAAGAGAGUUAGUAUAAUAGAACAGACCCCAGGGAGAGUGAAGAAACCCAACCAGUCGACCGAACAUGGAACAGACAGAAUAAACACACAAGUAGAUGAUCAAAAUAUUUGUGAAAAUCUUGCAAGAAAAUUUGCGAUGCAGUCACCUGAGAACAAAGAGAAUAAGAUUGACAAAGAGAAGCAAAGCGAAAAUAUGUUAUUUAGUGGAGGCAAAGAAAGUCAAACAGAUACUCCACAGAAAAUGCUGAAGAGCAGAACACCUACUAAGGAAAAGGCAGUCCCUAUGAUAGCAACACCUCUCAGAGUUAAACUGCUUCAAACCGAUGAGCACACUCCAAAAUCAACACCACAGCGUGUUCUAAAGUCUGUCCCAGCUCAGCAACAUACACCAAGAAGGGUUAAAAUUUUGGGUACAAAUUCACCAUCUCACACACCUCGACAUGGAACCCCACAGGAACCAAUGAGGGUACCUAAGGUCGUCACCACUCCAGGAACUCCCAGUAGAGUUCUGAUCAGGGAGACAAUGUCCCCUGCCAGUGUACCACGGCCAUGUUCAGACACCACCAAACAAGAAACCCCAAACAAGAAAACUGCAAACAAGAGUAGACUCGCAGAGGGUGUAGACUUAAGGACAAUCUGGAAAACAAAGAAAACUCCGUCUAAGUCACCAAUUUUGAAGGAAGUUCUCACAAAGGAGCCAAGCAAUGAAGUAUGCACUCCACGGAAUGUUGGUGAGGUACUACCUACAACAGUUGUCUCUACUAUCAAGAGGAAGAAAACACUGACCUGGGCUGAUGCCCUGGAAAGCUGCCAGUCGCCGGGAACCAAAACUCUCGAGACAAAAGAUGAAAGAUGGGAGUCCUUACAGGUCAAAACACAGAUUUUCCAUGAUGUCAUGCAGGAUAAUCCACACCAGGAGAAAACUAGACCAUCACCAGACAAGGAUACCCAUGUUACAACAUUGACCAAUACCCAGAAUUCCCUAGACAGUAUGCAACUUCCUGUUUGUUUGACUGGUUCAGGUUCUACAAGUUCAACAAGUCCCUCUGGCAGCACUGAUAUUAAGAACCAACCUAACGGUGGAGAUCCAUGUUCAAAAGCAGAUAAUUCUUCUGUGAGUCACCCGACAACUUUUACGCAGUUGGAAACUGACUCAUUGCUGGUGAGUCAACCAGAAGUAGGCCAACACUAUAGUAAUGUCUUGGCAAACAAAACGCAAGAUGAAUUCCUGCAAAAGCAAAUUCAGUUGUUCAAGGAAAAGAAACGUCAACUUGCUCAGCUUCAGAUGCAGAUCCAAGAACAACUGUAUAAGGGAUCAGAUCCGGGACUUGUCCUGUUGGAUCAUGAAGUGGAUAAUGGUGGACUUGCACAGAACAAGACAUCAGAACAAACUGAAAAUAGAAAUAAGUGCAGUGGCAGUGAAGAUAUCUUAACAGAACAAGUUAGACUUGAUAAUCAACAUUUUAGUAGAAAUUUGAAUAUUUGUAACCAGGAUUUUAAAUAUACAGGCGACAGUUCUACUCAGGGAAUCAAUGUUUGCCGUCAAGUGAAUUUGGAUUUGAACUCAAACGUGACUAGUACUGAAAACACAAAUAAAAAUUCGCUCACUGAGUCCAUUAAAGAGACACAGUCAUCUCUAUACACACAUAGUUCUGGUACUGUCUCUGGAACACAAAAAGAAACACAAGUUUUCUGCACACCAACACAGCAGAAACUAGAGUUUGGUCUUGAAGAUGAUAUUACUCCAUACAUUCUUAAAACUAAGUCCCACCCUAAAGAAACAGUUGGAAAUGGUGCAUCUGAUAAGAGAGAACAGGACUUUGAUGAAGUUCAGUCAAGUGUAAGAAGUUCUGAGGCGAAAAAGACUGAACCAGUCAGUGUUCCAUUAUGGACACCACUUGCAAUGAAAACAGUUGCUAAGCAACAGACUGUUGACAACGUUAGUGAGGAGAAGCCGUCUGCUGAGACUGCUGCCAGUUUUAAAUAUACAGGUGUUGAAACUGUCAACAGCGAAACCAAACCAAAGACUGACAUUUUUGCCAAAAGUGAAAUUGACACAAGUGUGAUAAGUUGUGAGAAUAGUGUAAAUAGAUCUGGGCUGGUCCCAAAAACAUCUAUCAGUAAGUACGAAACAGAGUCAGAUUCUUUGACAGAACAAUGUCCAAAGACCCCACCAAACAAGAAAUCAGCAUUUCGUAGUGUAGGCAGUACAAGUUUAACCCCUGUUGUGGGUUCACUGUCCCUUAGAGCUAAUACAGAGACAAAGCGUGAGACAGGGAGAAUGCAUCCGACAGAAUUGCUUCACAACAGUGUCCUACGAGCAGCCAAUGAGCGUUAUUUAGAGGCGUUACUUGAUGAUGAGGUAGCUCUGUUUAUGUGUCGGCUGGCCCCCGGCAGUGCGGGAGGAAAGGGAAGGGAUUUCUGUCAUGAUCCAGUCGCCAAAAUACUCCUCAGGGGUGAUGACAUGCACUUUAUACCAAUAGAAAUGAGUCAAACCCAGCUGAGCAGUGUUCACAUUGAGGGGUCAGCGUUUAGCAAGUAUGCCAUUAGGGCAACUUAGUUGCCCAUACCCUGGAGCAGACAGUGAACAUAGCUACAUGUGAUCCAAUGUCAAGGUCAUCAAAAGGGACACACACAGAGAAGAAUUGAGAUGUUCACCAAAAUUUAUCGUCACCAUCAUUGUAUAAAAUCUGUAUUUGAUGUUAACCAUGUUCACCAAAUAUUUAAUAAUGACCAUAACUUUUCAUCCAUAAGUCGGUCUAGUCUAUAAGUCAGGUCAUAGUAUUUCAGUAAAGUAUGCUUUUCCCAUAAGUGGUAUAUUUUCAAAUGCCAUCAUAAGUUUCAAUAAAACCUACUGGGCUUGGGCACCAACUAAUCCCUCGGGAUUCUGCAGAUGUUAUAACACAAGUUUUGAUAUUUAUCUCAUUUCUUUUGUACAGUUUCGCAAUUUUAAUAUUGUUUUGAAUAGUUGGUGAACUUAGCAUUGUUUUUUACGAAAGAUUCAGUUUAAUUUAGUGAUCAAUGAACUGUCAGGCUAUAAAAAGUUAUUGAUUUAUCAUUGUUAUGCUUUUGAAAAGAAUUUUCUUUCACGCUGAUCACAAAACGUAAUGUUUAACUUCUUUCUUGCAACUAAUUAGAUUGAAUUGAAAACAAUUUCAUAAUAUGCGGUUGUUUAAUUUGUGGUGCAUUUUAAUUAAACACUGCACUUCAAAAUUAAUCUAAUGUUAGGUAAACCCUAAAGUUUUUCAUCCGAUGAGCUCAAGUUUAUGCAUCUGUAUUACUUAAACUGUUGAGAGGUAUUCCAACUUCAUUUUAAACCAGUUCUGGUUUGUUUGUCAAAUAUGCACUCCACCGUGUGCACAAUAUUUCAUCUGCGUGUUACUUCCUACAAAUUAUUUUAUGUCUGUCUAUGGAGCAUUGUGUGCCAAUAUUGUUUAGGAAAUCCUCUCAGCUCAUUAAUUAUUAAAGAACAUAUUAAAUAGAAUUUAUUAGAAAGUCACAUUAGAAAUAAUCACAGAUUUUCGUGUGAAUAAUUUAUUGGGAAAGGGACAUGUAGCAACAAAUUCAGGGCCUUUAAUUUUCCUUACGCUAUAGAAAAAAAGGCUGCAGUUUUAACUGAUCCAAGGCAAUUUUUGCCAACAUUUUGAAUUUUCUCUUACUGUUGAACCUUCUCCAGCAGCUACCUGCCUUAAGCAGUCAGUUACAAAAUAUACUCUCUUUUUUUAAUUUCAACUUGCCUUAAACAGACAGAUUGUGCCACUGCCUUGUCUAACUGCUAAUACAGAUUUUACUGCAUAAUGUUUUCUGCACAAAGCCCUGUAACAUUAGAAUUCGGCUAAAAUUAUGCCUAAACACGCAUAUACUGAAUUUCUGUUAUUAAGUGACAAUUUCCUUCACUUCUGAACGGUUGAAAUUUCUCAGUCUGCUAUACCUAGCCUACAUUAUACUGAUAAACAGCACACCUGCUAUACCUUGCCUGCAUUGCACUGAUAAACAGCACAUCUACUAAACCUAGCCUGCACUGUACUGAUAAACAUUACAUCUGCUAUACCUUGCCUACAUUAUACUGAUAAACAGCACACCUGCUGUACUUGGCCUGCAUAAACAGCACACCUGCUAUGCCUAGCCUUCCUUGCACUGAUAAACAGCACAGCUGCUAUACCUAGCCUAUAUUGUACUGAUAAACAGCACAGCUAUUAUACCUGACCUGCACUGUGCUGAUAAACAGCAUAAUUACUAUAUCUAGCCUGCACUGUACUGAUAAACAGCACAUCUGCUCUACCUGGCCUGCAUUGUAUUGAUAGACAGCACAUCUGCUAUACCUGGCCUACAUUGUACUGAUAAACUGCACAGCUGCUAUACCUGACCUGCAUUGUAUUGAUAAACAGCACAGCUGCUAUACUUGUUCUACAUUGUACUGAUAAACAACAUAGCUGUUAUACCUAGCCUGCAUUGUACUGAUAAACAGCACAGCUGCUCUACCUGGCCUGCUUAUACUGAUAAACAGCACAGUCUGCUAUACCUGGCCUGCAUUGUAUUGAUAAAUAGCACAGCUGCUGUACCUGGCCUGCAUUGUACUGAUAAACAGCAUAUCUGCUAAACCUGGCCUACAUUGUACUGAUAAACUGCACAGCUGCUAUACCUGGCCUGCAUUGUAUUGAUAAACAGCACAUCUGCUAUACUUGUUUUGCAUUGUACUGAUAAACAACAUAGCUGUUAUACCUAGCCUGCAUUGUACUGAUAAACAGCAGAGCUGCUCUACCUGGCCUGCAUUAUACUGAUAAACAGCACAGUCUGCUAUACCUGGCCUGCAUUAUACUGAUAAAAGGCCUAACUGCUAUAUCUAACCUGAUAAACAGCACAUCUGGUUUACCUAGCUUGCAUUGUACUGAUAAACAGCACUGCAAAGUUCCAUUUGAAGCAGGAAGAACGUACACUCAGUCAGAAACAUUCAUCAAAAUUAUGUUUUCACCAUUAAAUUGCUACAUCUGCAGACAGAAACUUCCAUUUUGAGCGUAAAGCUUUGCACUGAACAAGAUGACAAAAUAAUCCUGACAUGCAAUUGCCAAAAACAAAAAGUCUGGAAGACGUCUAGAAUUUCAAAGUACAGGUUUUAAGAUUGCUAUGCAGUCACUGAGAAAGAGAAGAAUUGCAGAUAUUUCCGAGUGUAAUGAUGAGCGAGCAAUUAUUUUAGAUUAUGUAAUGGUAGAAAAACAUAUUACCAGUGGGUUAAUUGGAACAUUUCAACACUAAGUGUCAGAAAAAACAUUACCGGUGGGUUAAUUGGAACAUUCCAACACAAACUGGGCUUUGAAGUAUAAAAAUCAAUUAUCGGUAUUGAAUUUAUUAGAAAUAUUAGGUAAAAACAUGCAAAGAAUGGUAAUUACUGGUAAACAGGUUUAAGUGGGGUAAAUACGAGGGUUGAUCAAGAAGUUAUGUCACCUGAGCCGUAAAAAUGUAAAAUGUGAAGAAAAGAAAAUUUCAUACCCGAAUCCCUUCACCUUUUUGAAAUAUUUCAGCUGAAACUAUCAUAAAAAUAAUUGUCCUACUUUUUGAGAUCUUGACAUAUAUAGAAAGCAUGAUUUUUGUGAGGCAUCGCUAGAGGACAGAAAUUCUUGGCUUUAAAGUGAUGCAAGUACUAACAUAUAAGCUAGUUUAAAGGCUCUCCAACCCCCCCACCACCUUCUCCACAUAUCCCACACUCGCUCACCCCUCCUAUAUUUACCAGAGAGAAUAAAAGAUUGUCAUUUUAAUUUACAGUUAUAUUCUCUUGGGGAAACAAAAAUUUCAGAUAAAUCCCCUUAAUGAAUGCCCUCUCCCAAAAUGCAUAAUGCAGUUUCAUAUUGGAAUUUUGGGCUUCUUUUAUUACUUCAGUGAGAUACUUAAAACAUAACUCACUGCCAAAUAAUUAUUAAUUUAGCUCCACUAUUCAGAGAAUAAGGAUGCUAUUCUACUCGCAUCGGCGUGAGCUUUCUUGGUUGAAGUUUUUUGGCAACCUUUGUUUUUCUGUCAUAUCUUUGUUACUAUUGCUUAUAUCUUACUGUAACUUCACAUAAACAUUGUCCAGCAUACAAAGUAUAUGCAGGGGCUCGGCCCAUUUUACCCAAGGUCAAGGUCACCAAGGUGUUAUACUUGGAAUUAUUUUCAUGUAAAAAUUUUUCGAAAGCUUCGUUUAUAGACAUAUCUUUGGUACUUUAAAAGAAAUUAAAAAUAUUUCUUUAUAAUCAUCAUCUGCAUGUGUGAUUACAAUCCUCAUAACUCUAAUUGUAUUUUGACAGAAUUAUGCCCCUUUCAUACUUAAAGGUUUUUGGCAAUCUUCGCUUUUUGGAUAUAAUUUUAACCUCUCUGAGUAGUACAGUCUUUUUAUAUCUAGGUGUAUCUUCCUUUUAAAGUAGAGGUCUCUUAUUGAGACAUAAAUUCAUUUUACUGUCAAAACGCCAAAUAGUGGAGUGCACUGUCUUAUGGACAGCUCUUGAUAUUUUUAAUUUUACAUUUUUCUGCCAUCCACUUCCCAUCACCCCCACCCCCCUCGCAAAAAAAAUGGGAGGGGGCACUUAGUAGUUGCCUUAGUUAUAGCAUUGUUUGGUCUGAAUAGAAUUUUAUUAAACUUAAUAGCCAAGAAACAUAACUCUUAAAUAUUUGCAUAAUUUUGUUGAUAUAAUAGAUUUGAAUUUGGAAAUAUCUUGGUCAAGCAAAAGUUUUUGUUGACUAGACUAGACCAGUAAAUGCCGUGCAUGUUGACAUCUUGACAUGAAAAUACUUAUCUGUGAUUGGUCAGCUGUUCACGUUCAACACAAUAUAAAUCCUGCCAUACAGAUUCUUGAAAACCGUUUUAAAAUUUAGUAAAUAAGUAAUUGAGAGUCACGUUUUUUUAUAGUGUUUGAAAGUGAUUGUAGCCUGAGCAGAAUCGAUUUGAACAAAGAAAAAAAAAGUCCAGACAGUUUUUUCUUGCCAAGAUUAUGAUGUAUGAAAACUGUGAUCAUUAUAGACUAUGACCCAGGUCACAACACUGUCUACCUUACGCUAUCUUUAACCCUUACCCUGCUAAAUUUCUAAAAUGGACUGGUCCAUCAUUCAAUUAUUCAAUUUGGGCAGCAUCACUUAUUAUUUAAAGGGAUGUUCACUGAAAAUUUACUGACUGAAUAGCAAACAGUGCAGACCAUGAUCAGCCUGCACUGGUCGCAAAGGCAAAAUAACUUGCCGCCAGCAGGUUAAGGGUUAAAUUUAGUAUUCUGUAGUUGAGAAAAAUGUUAAAUUUGAAAUUUCUACUGACAAAUGAAAAUUUUUCUAACAGUGUGUCGUCAUCAUACUGUGUUUUGUCAUUUAAGGAAUAACAUCAUAUUGUUUGACGGUAGUUGUUGCUGUGAUGUGGUUCAUAUCUCCAUUUACCUCAUGUUUACCUCAUGUAUAUUGUUGUAAGUGAUUGGUAUAUUUAUGUCAUAUUUCGUGACAACUGCUGUUUGAUGUAUAAUAUUUUUAUUCCUUUUUCCGUGUUGUGAUUUUGAAAUGCAAGCCAUCACACUUUGUAAAAACAUAUAUACAUGUAUAUUAUGUAUAUAGUAUUAUUUGUUUCUUUCUUCCAGAAAGUUUGAUGAUGUGUGUCGUAAGUUCAUAGAUGUCAAUCAGGGUAGAACAGGGGUGUCAUUUAAAGUAAUCAGUUUAAACUAAGACUUGAGAGAUUAAAUUUUCCACUUUGGAUUUUUUUUUUUUUUUUAUGUUUAUUUUUAACUGGCUGUAAUAUUUGUGCAUGUUUCAAGGAUGUCACUGAAGUUUUCCAGAAAUUCUCUUGUCCAUUGUUAUGAUUAAGUUCCAUCAAGAUCAGUACAUAAUAAAGUUCUAACAAAUAAAACUUCUCUCUUUUCUACAUUUAAGUAUAAGUAGAUUGAAGAAUUCCAGUUCUGUUCUACCCGACAGCAUAAUCUUGUUAUAUAUAUUUAUUUAUAGAUAAUUGCAUGCAUUUAGACCAAGCUAAGCUUUCAGAGGCAGGGUUAUACAAUUUACAGAGACCCAACAUAGUUAAUCAGUCAAACUGAUUGCUAUAGUUUAUCUAGACUGAACUACUUUAUGUUAAAUUGUACUUAAAAAUGCUAAACCUUAAAAAUGCUGUUUAGCAUGUUUUUUAUUUAGAAUCGUCAAAUUUUCAGUUGACACUCAUUUACACAUUUAGAAUUAUAUUGAUGCGGGACCGUUAUGGCCCGGUGGUUAAAACCGCUGACUGCGAAUCACUUGCCCCCAAUCAUCGCUUUAAGGUUCAAAACCUGGCUGCGGAGGAAGAGUUCUUUCUGAUGAGGAAGCUUGCAUCUUGAGGGUUGAGCGCAAUACUGCUGUAUCUCCUGUUAAAUAAAGAAGGAGUUGGCAGUUUUGCACUCAACCCUCGAUCUGGCUUAUGAAAUAAUGCCUGAUUGGGCACCUGGGGUCGUUUUCUACUGCCUAAAAGCUGAAAAGUCACCCAUUGAUUAAUAAUUUUAUGAGUGUGAUGUUAAACCCAACUGGAACAAAAAAAGAAUUAUUCCAGGUAGUAGGGUUAGAAAAAGAGAAUUAAUUCCUGGUAGAACUAUAGGUACUUGCUCAUAUAUAAGUAACUGCUCUUAACUUUACCGAGAUUAAUAUGUUAAGACAGCCACAGGUGUGAGUAUAGAUUUUUAGUUGUUCUCACUGGCAAAAACAGACAUAUAAUGGACAGUUUUAUCAUAUUUCAUCCCUGGUCUGUCUGAAGAUUUUAUUUACAAAUUUGAUCAUACACAUUUUUUCUGAGCACCAUUUGACAGAAUAUAACUUAUAUAUAAGUAUUCAUUACCAUUUUAGAUAGUGUUUCAAUAUGGAUGUAUAAUAAAGUAUUUACAGAAUAAGUAUAUACAAAAUGUACAUACAAAGUCAAGUAUAUAAUUAGUGUAUGAACAUAUAUGUACAUUCUAUAUUUAGAUGUCGUGACUGUUACCUUACAAAGGUGAAACUUGUUAGCUUAGCUCAGGGUAAUGUUGUAUUUUUAACUUAAAACUGUACAGAUGUUAAUCAUGAGUAUUGAAUGUAUAUGUAUGAAUAACUGAUACUGUUUUAUAUGUAAGCAAUUCAAUGCAAGAUUAGCUAUUUACAACUGAAUAUAUAUGUCAGGCCAUAUUUUUUUUCUCAUUUUAUUUAAGGUAGCAGACCCAUAAUGAAAUUUAGCAAUUUCAUUCUAAUUAAGCAGUGGGUCUUUCUUCAGAAGUAAAUGUAUCUCCACAACAUUCACAUGGCUUUCUGUGAAAAUCAGAUAAGGCAAAAAAUUGCAUAUGGAGAAUACAAAAUAUGCCAAUUAUCAUUAUUGCUCCACUACCUUAAUUUAAAGAAUGGUCAUGCAAGUAUUAGAGAAUUUUUUAUGGAAAUAUGAUGGUAUUAUUGUCUGUGGUAUAUUGUCUCUUGAAUAGCUGAGAAAGGAACAUUUUCAGACACCCAACUACAGUGCAUAGAUUAUUUUUCAAUCAGUGUUGAUUUUUCUUGAUGGUGCAAAAUAACUGCUUUAUAUCUCUUUUAUUCCGAAAAAAUUUAUAAAUUAGUGAAUUCAUGAAAUCUGUCUUUCUAUGAGAAAAAAAGUUAAAAGGCACCAGAGAAAAUAGGUAUUUGGCAUUUUCAUGCAAAAUACAGUUAAAACUCAGUUCCUCGAAUUCAAAGAGAUCGGGAGUUUUAUUUUGAGAUAACCAAAAAUUCAGUUUUAUAUGACAUUUGGUGCAUGUGUCUUUUGGGACUGGACUUGAAAAAGUCUUCAAGAUACCCAGAAUUUUGAGAUAAGUGAGUUCGAGAUAUAGAGUUUUAACUAUAUCUCACAGAAUAUUGCGAGAUUUUGUGAAAAAAUGACAAUAUGUGAAAAGUUCUAUGAAAAACAAGAAGUAUUUUCUUGUAUAAGGAUAUUGUUUAUUGUCUAAGAGCACGUGUUAAAUGGUCUGUCAUGAACAGAAGUAUAUCAUUAUGUAGUGGUUGUCAUUGUUACAGAAUGAAAUACAAUAUACUGAAGGAACAGUCACAUGAUGAUAUUUUGCAGACACUUAACUACACCGAGGAAUUUGUAAAGAUAACAAUUUUCAAAGAAAUUUUCAUAAGCAGUAUCAUUCAAGUUUUUAUCUUAUUUAAAAGAUAACACCAAACUUAAUGAAUGCCUAAAAACCUGUUCAGCUGCCCAAAAGUCACAUUAUUUUUGAUAAUUAUGCACAAUUUUUUUUAAAUUUUGUUUUCGGAUGCAUUGUAACCUCCAUUAAAUUUUUGCUCUUAUUACAGGACUGUAUAAUAUCAAACAAGUACAGCAGAUCAUUACCUCCGUGCCAUAUUGUUGUAACUGUGUAUAAAACAAACAAGCAGAUACAAUGGUUUUACACUGAUGUCAGAAAUAACUGUUCAAUCCACCUGUCCGUAACAGGGUUUUUAGUGACUUUCGGCUUCAUUUUGCAGGUAUAAACUAUAUAUCAUUCUAAAGGUCUCCAGGAGUGGUAAUAGGAUCUUUUUUACUUUUUAGCUCAUCUGAUUUUUUGAAAAAAAAUGAUGAGUUAUUGUCAUCACUUGAGCGGUUGUCGGCGUCGGCGUCGGCGUCUGCGUCGGCGUUGCCUGGUUAAGUUUUAUGUUUAGGUCAGCUUUUCUCCUAAACUAUCAAAGCUAUUGCUUUGAAACUUGGAAUACUUGUUCACCAUCAUAAGCUGACCCUGUAUAGCAAGAAACAUAACUCCAUCUUGCUUUUUGCAAGAUUUAUGGCCCCUUUUGUACUUAGAAAAUAUCAGAUUUCUUGGUUAAGUUUUAUGUUUAGGUCAACUUUUCUUCUAAACUAUCAAAGCUAUUGCUUUGAAACUUGGAAUACUUGUUUACCAUCAUAAGCAGACCCUGUACAUCAAGAAACAUAACUCCAUCUUGCUUUUUGCAAGAUUUAUUGCCCCUUUUGGACUUAGAAAAUCAGUUUUCUUGGUUAAGUUUUAUGUUUAGGUCAGCUUUUAUCCUAAACUAUCAAAGCUAUUGCUUUAAAACUUGCAACACUUGUUCACCAUCAUAAGUUGACCCUGUAUAGCAAGAAACAUAACUCCGUCCUGCUUUUUGCAAGAUUUAUGGCCCCUUUUGGACUUAGAAAAUAUCAGAUUUCUUGGUUAAGUUUUAUGUUUAGGUCAACUUUUUCUCUUAAACUAUCAAAGCUAUUGCUUUGAAACUUGCAACACUUUUUCACCAUCAUAAGCUGACCCUGUACAGCAAGCAACAUAACUCCAUCCAGCUUUUUGCAAUAAUUAUUGCCCCUUUUGGACUUAGAAAAUCAUUUUCUUGGUUGAGUAUUGUGUUUAAGUCAACUUUUCUCAUAAACUAUCAAAGCUAUUGCUUUAAAACUUGCAACAGUUUUUCACCAUCAUAAGUGGACACUGUACAUCAAGAAACAUAACUCUAUCCUGCUUUUUGCAAGAAUGAUGGCCCUUUUUAGACUUAGAAAAUCAUGGGUAGGACAAUAUUUCUAUUACACAAAAAAAAUCAGAUGAGCGUCAGCACCCGCAAGGCGGUGCUCUUGUUAUAAUAUCUUUUAAAAGUGUCAAUUUUAUGGCCAAAAUGUAUGGGUUUUUUUUUUUUCAUUGUUAAAAUCUGGCCAGAACAUACUUUAGAAAUUAUUAUUAUUUGUUUUUUGUUUGUUUUUUUUUUUUAUAGAAAUUUUACAACUUUUUUGCAUGAAAAUGUUUCUAUUACUCUAACUCGGAUAUCCAGAAGUGUCAUACAAAUCCAUUCACAAAUGAAGUCGUGAGAAAUUUUUCUGUAAAUGUCAGUGUCACAUAAUGACAAAUGCGCUAUCAACAUUGUUUUUUCGCUGAUCAAAACUAAUGAAGAUAUUUUGAAAAACUUAAGAAAAUCCUAUUGUUACUCUGUAAGUUCAUUGGAAUGAUAUAUAAUUUCACUGGUAUUGUAUUAUAUUCAAAGAGAAAUCAUGGAAAAACCUUGUUAUAAAUGGAAAACAAUAAGCAGAUGUUCCCUUUACCAAAUGUGUAAUACAUGUAUGUACUGUAAAAUUGGAACGAGCUGUCGUGAUGUAAUCGUGUACUCUGUAUGAUUGAGAACUUGCACUGAAGGCAAGUUAUAAUUCAGUUUUCUAAGAUCUCAUCAUGAUUAUUAUUCCAAUACAUGGUACCCUACAUACAACUUUUCUCUGCACGUAGGAAAUAUGGUAUAUUGACAAUGUAUUGCUGCACACACAGUCCACCCUAUAUUUUUUCAAACUAAUACUAAUUAGGUUUUAAAUCCACCCUUUUCCAGCUUACAGUAGUUCUAAAUCCACCCUUUUCCAAUAUAUGCUAAUUUAAGUUCUAAAUCCACCCUUUUCCAGUAUACGCUAAUUUAUGGUCUAAAUUAUUAAGUUCUAAAUCCACCCUUUUCCAGCAUAUGUUAAUUAGGUUCUAAAUCCACCCUUUUCCAGUGUAUGCUUAUGAUAAAGUUCUAAAUCCACCCUUUUCCAGUGUAUGCUAAUUAUUAAGUUUUAAAUCCACUCUUUUCCAGCGUAUUUUGAUUAGGUUCUAAAUCCACCCUUUUCCAGCUUACACUAAUUAGGCUCUCAAUCCACCCUAAUUAGGUUCUAAAUCCACCCUUUUUCAUUUCAGCCUGUCUUGAUAGGAUUCACACAGACCUUGAAAACACCUUGAAAAUGACUAAAGCUCAGAAAAAAGAAUAAACAGUACUGUUGUACAGAUAUUUUAUAUCUGAUGUAAUGUACACAUUGUGGAUGAUUGCUGCAGUCAGUCACUAAACAUUACAAAUUUUUGACUUACUUUGAUGUUUAAUUCUUGACAAAUUUGUAAACGAACCAAAGAAAAAUUGUGAGAUCAGUCCCCAUUGAGGCAAAGGGUUUUCAUGAGGAUAGGACAGAUUUAGAAUGAUUGUAAAGUCAGUUUGCUCUUCAAUUUUGAUCUUAAUUGGGGGGAGGAGGAGUUGUCAGUUACUUGUGGAGAACAAUUUAGUUUGAUACGGAAUUAAGGAGCGAUGGUUGUAACAACAACUGUACAUGACUGAAAUAUUGUUGAAAAGUGGUCAGAGGAUACGUUACCUAUUACCUCUAAAAUUAUCACCUAAGUGAAUAAUUUACCAAAGAUACACAAUAUUAAAGAUGCUGUUAGAAUUCUUCGAUUGCAAGAGAAAUGUGUGUGUGUGUAGGGUACAGUGUAUGAAGUAGAAAGUGUCAUAUAGUAGCAACAUGAUAGUUUGUCAUUGUUUACACGUUGUGACCCUCACAUCAUACAGUGUAGUAAAAUCCCAUAUUUACAGACAAUGUGCAUGUGUUACUGCGGUUUUCUUGUUGUUAAAAUCAAUUAUUCCUAUAUAGUCUGUGUCAACUUUAUUCAUUGACAUUGUAGACAAUAGUCUAUUUCAACUUUGUUCAUUGAUAAUGCAGAAAAUUAUUGUCUGUUUCAACUUUGUUCAUCGGUGAUGCGGAAAAUUAUACCCUGUUUUAACUUUGUUCAUUGGUGAUGCAGAAAAUUAUAGUCUGUUUCCACUUUGUUCUUGGUGAUGCAGAAAAUCAUAGUCAGUUUCAACCUUGUUCUUUGGUGAUGCAGAAAAUCAUAGUCUGUUUCAACUUUGUUCUUUGGUGAUACAGAAAGUUAUUGUCUGUUUCAACUUUGUCCAUUGGUGAUGCAGAAAAUUAUACUCUGUUUUAACAUUGUUCAUUGAUAGUGUUCAUAGCUAUAAAGUCUGUAUUAUUUUUGUUCACCAUUCUUGGACUCAUUAUAACUAUUUAAAUCAUUUCAUUCCAUAAAUUACCAUAGUUGUUUAUGCAGUUUAGUUAAGACCAGGGAUGUCAAUAUUUGGUUAUUUUGAUACUCGGUUAACCGGUUAAAUCAUCUAAAUGGUUAACCAAAUGAAAUAUGCAUUAUCUUUCUACUUUGACACUACUUAAACUGUAUGUUUAUUCAAACCUCAUUAUUAAUUAGCGAGCUGAUUAUUUUUAUGAAAUUUUACUCUUUGAUAAAUUUAAAGACAAAAUAAUGAUUAACUUGUUACUGUUUUUUCGCUAACCGGUAAUCAGACUUAUUGACUGUUAACCAGUUACCCAUUGACAUCCCUAGAAAAUGCCCAGCUGACUACCUUAAAGGAGGUAUUUUUACAAUGUUUAAAGUUAGAAAUUCAAAAAUUAAGAUAAAAUUUUGGCAGGGUUUAUUCGUGUUUAAGGUAAUUUCUUUACAAGAGUCUCAUCUUUGAUAGAUCAUUUUAAUAUUGAAAAAAAAAAAUCGUUCAUUUAAUUUACCACAUAUCUUGCACAUAUUUGUAAAGAUGAUAUUUGUUUCACUUCACAGAAGCAGCGGCGUUGAUUGGGUUGUAAUAACAUACCACUUUCAUUAGUCGUAACAUCAUCAUUAAAUUUUGAGAAAGCAACCAUAUUCGUACAUACCAUUUACCAUUUCUUAAAAAAAUGUGUUUAUGACAUCGGGAAGAAAUGUGCAUGUUAUAUUUAGCACAGUUCGGUAGUAAGAAAACUACAAAGUCAUGUUUUAUCAUCAUCAUUUAUCAACUGGGUGAUAAACUUUGUGAUCAUUUAUGGAGUAACCAAUUACAAACUCUGGUGUUUUAUUGGUGCUUUUAUGUUUUAAAAAUCAACUAUUAGACCUUAUACAUUGGACUGUUGUAUUCUUCCUUUCAGCGAUACGAAAGGAAGAAUUUCUGGACGGAAGCAGAUUGUAUACUGCUUGUACAUGUUUCUUUCUUCAAUAUUACAUUGUUUAUUCAUUGACAUUUUCCUGUAAAACAAUUGGACAAGAAAUGGAAUUAAAAUUAUAAUUUGAAAAAAAAUUAAGUUACGUAUAGGGUGCAAUUUGCAGUAGACAAUUAUUUUUUAUGAUGAAAUCAAAUUUGUCAUUAUAUUUUGUUUACGUUUAAGUUCUUUCAAGUUUUUGAUUUUAUCAGUGUUAUUAUGAAGUACUGGUAUAAUUAAAGAAAUUUAGCAGAGAACUUUGUUAUGGAAGACUGUUUAUUUAAAAAAAUGCGGAAAAAAAAAUAAAAUGACAAUUUAAUAUACUGUACUCAUAAAAAAUUAUGUUUGUAGUGGGCUUUUUAUUUGCAGUUACUUUUUGCACGAGAUUUUCCUUUACUUCGAUGAGUACUGACAGAAAUGGUCAGUGGACCAGUUUUACUGCCAGGAAACAUUUCCUACACAACUAUAAUUUAUUUAUAUGUUUAUGAUCAGUCUCUUCAAUGCUUUUUACAAUUUUGUAAAAUUUAUCAUUUUCAGAGAUUUAACCAUGUGAGAAGUUAUUUCCAGAGACAAGACAUUUUCUUUUUUUACCAAAUAUUUCUUAUAGAAUUGUUGAUUGGAUGACUUAACCUUUACCCUGCUAAAUUUCUAAAAUGGACUGAUCUGUCAUUCAGUUUGGGCAGUACCAUUUACUAUUUGAAGGGACUGAAUAGCAAACAGUGCAGACCAAGAUCAGACUGCACAAAAUUAAUGUGCAGGCUGAUCUUGGUCUACACUGGUCACAAAGACAGAAUUACUUGCCGCCAGCAGGCUAAAGGUUAAUUAAACUAAUUAUGUUAUUUAUAGACACUGAAAUUAUGACUUAUGUUUGUUUUAACAUAAUUGAAAAUUGAUAAUUCCUAUAUAUCGGCAUCUAAUAAAUACCAUUUGCAAUUA